UCAUGUGAGAGGGUAGCUUGCUGGUAGUGGACGUGGACGUCAAAAGUUGAAAACAAAGUUCAGUUAGCUGAAAUGACCAUGCUAUCCCGCGAAGUGACAGUAUAACUGGUGGCUAUGGAGGCAGAUAAGAAGAAUUUGGGAUCAGUCUUGGCCCCAGAUCUAGGAGAGGCGCCAGCUGUAGAUAGACCAGAGAAUUUGGGACCAGAAGCAGUGAUUGGCAGGCAGCUCAGCGAACCAGGGCGCUUUGCCUACGCUGGGCUCUGUGGGGUGUCUCUGGGCCAGUUGUUCCCAGGUGCCGAGAACAGGUGCUUCCGGGAGCAGUAUCUGGAGGGUCUGGUGGCCUGGCUGGGACUAGAUGAGUCAGUCAUGCCUGUAAUGGGGGCCUUUUUGGCAGGGCUUGGCUUCGAGGGUAGCGACACCUUCCUCUCCAUCCUACAGGCGGAACCACUCCUGUCUGCUGGAGCUACCCUCAUUACACAGGACCUGGUUUCUUUCUCUGUCAAAGAUGCCCAGUACGAUGCCAGGUCUCGGGUACUCAUCCGCCAUGUCAGCUGUCUGCUCCGAGUCUCCCAUCAGCAUCUGGAGGAGUUUGAGGAGUCUCUGGGCGAGAGACUGAGGGAGGGAGUUGAGGAGAGCGAAGAGGAGUCAUCUCGAAGACAGAGGAAGGAGAGAGGGCGCAAACUACGUCGCUACCUCCUCAUUGGCUUAGCCACUGUGGGCGGAGGAACUGUUAUAGGGGUGACUGGUGGACUGGCAGCACCGCUUAUGGCUGCGGGCGCGGGUGCAGUGCUGGGAGCAGGGGGGGCGGCAGCUCUGGGUUCAGCUACUGGCAUCGCCAUCAUAGCCUCCCUGUUCGGAGCAGCGGGGGCCGGUCUGACUGGCUACAAGAUGAAUAAGCGAGUGGGAGCGAUAGAAGAGUUUGAGUUUCUUCCUCUGAGCUCUGGGAAGCACUUGCAUCUGACAGUUGCUGUGACUGGAUGGCUGUGCAGUGGCAAAUACAGUUCGUUCCAGGCUCCGUGGGGCAGUCUGGGCACGUGCGGGGAGCAAUACUGUCUGGUGUGGGAGUCUCGCUUCCUCAGGGACCUGGGCUCAGCCAUGGCCUCGCUGCUGGACGGCUUGGUCAGCAUGGUGGCCCAGGAAGCCCUCAAAUACACCAUCCUCUCAGGUAUCGUGACAGCCCUGACGUGGCCCGCUUCUCUCCUGGCCGUGGCCAGCGUUAUAGACAACCCCUGGUGUGUCUGUCUCAGUCGCUCUGCGGAGGUGGGGAAACACCUGGCCCAGGUGCUGAGGAGCAGGCAGCAGGGAAGGCGCCCUGUUAGUCUCAUCGGAUUCAGUCUAGGAGCCAGAGUUAUCUACUUCUGUCUACAGGAGCUGGCCAAUGACCAAGGUUGUGAGGGAAUGGUGGAGGAUGUUGUCCUGCUGGGAGCACCAGUGGAAGGCUGUCAGAAAGCCUGGGAAAGGAUGGCCAAGGUGGUUGCUGGAAGGAUAGUUAAUGGCUACUGCAGAGGGGAUUGGCUCCUGGGUUUCCUGUACAGGGGUUCGUCUGCACAGAUGUCCGUCGCAGGGCUACAGCCAAUCAGCUUGAACGAUCGUCGCAUAACUAACGUCGACCUGUCAUCUGUGGUGAAAGGUCACCUGGAUUACAUGCGUCAGAUGGACACCAUCUUGGUGGCAGUGGGCGUGCCCACCAGAGAAGCUCCCGGGGCAUCGGCAGGUCCCCUUCAACCAAUCACAAUAUCAGACGGGAAAGUGGACUUCCUUGACCAAUCACUACAGAAGAAAGUGAUGAACGAGCAGGAUGUUGAAAGUAGCUCGGUUAGUGUAGAGAUGGCGGGGAAGGGAGAGGAGAGGGGAGUGAAGGAGGAUACGGAUGACGGUUGGGACAUCCCCGAUAUUUCAGAUCUGCUGGACUCCCUGAAUGAUACAGGUGUUGAAGAUGGAACAGCAGGUAGGGAUAAUUCACCACAAAGUCAGAAGGAGGCUCGUUCGCAAACAGAAAUCGUUACUCCUCUUGAGCUUGAAGAGGCGGAGUCAGAUGGAGCAGAGGGGGAGGAGUCAGGUGGAACAGGAAAGGCGGAGUCAGAUGGAGCAGAAGCGGAGGGGUCAGACAUGGCCUGGAGUUGGGACACACACUGGACCACUGAAAACACACAACAGCAUUUACAAACAGGACACAAGUUGCAAGACCAACUGUCUGAUUGCGAUCCCUCUUCUCAACUUCCAAAAUCACACUUGAGUGAUGGUAGACGGCCUUUGCAUUCUCAACAGAGUAAGAUUUUGGGACACACAGAGGACUCAAAUGGCAAAUUUAAAUGGUGAACACAGAUUACAGGAACUAACCAUAAAUCCAAUUGGAACCUUUUUUAGAUUUAUUUUACAAUGUGACCUUAACAUGUGUUGUCUGUAAUAUUUUACGGAUGAUUCUACUGUGAAAACAUUUGUUGCAUAAUUUAUCAGUAUUGAGUUUAAAAGUAUUCUUGGCAUGUAUAUACAAUGUAAAUUACAAAACCACAUUUCAAAUACAAGACUGUAAACCUAACUGUUUUUGGUGGGGUAUAAAGUGAUGUAACAGGAUGAGAACAACAGCUUCUCUGUUCCUCCGUGCUUUUGUUUUAUUUCUUAUAGCCUAGUGGCCAUGGUUUUAUCACAGCAAUGUGAUGUCCAUAAGGCUAUAAUCAAUAUAGUCACCUAGUUAUUCUCAGGUCAAAGCCAUCUCUUGUUCUCUCUAGUCCAGCAUCUCAAUCAAUGUCCGAUUAAAAACGAU